AUGGAGGGUGCUUGUCCUUUUGACUGUCACUGCACCAAGCUGCUGUCCCUGGGGCUGGACACUGUGUCCCCUUCGGAGAAGGCACUCACUGGGGGGAGCUCCGACCUCAUGGACUUCUAUGCCACAAACUACACCAUGGCUCAUGGCCAGCCAGGCUUCUGUCCCCAGCUCGGCCACCACACAGGCACUGGCUACGUGACCCACAACCACUCAGCCAUAUCCUCCCUGCUGCGCCCACACAGUGUAGCAGAGGGCCACUGCCAGGAUGCCAUGGCCACCACUGCUGAGCACUUCAAGCCCCUCUGGCUUCCUGAUGGCAGGAGCAUCCUGCCCCGGCGCAUCCACCAGCCACAGAGUGGGUACCUGCAGGAGUGCCCCCCUUCCUGCCUCUGUAUGGGAAUGGUGAGUCCCCAGCACAUGAGGCUCCAGCAGAGCAGGCCUGGACUAAGCGAUAGGCGCUGCACCAGUCCUCUCCAGCCAGAUACCCUGCAGAUCAUCACCCUUGGCACCAAGGAGCCAUCCGGCUUCACCAAAGCCACCAAGAGAACCAACUCCUUCCUGCCACCUCUGCCGAUCCGACAGGGCCAGCCUGUCAGUGUCAGCCUCACCACAAGGGAUUACCUGCCCUCUAUGCACAGCCACGGCAAUGAGAUGCUCCCAACGGUGCCACCAGGCUCCAAGCGAGGCAGUGGCUUCACCCAGCAAGGACCGAGCUCCCUGGGCACGAUGGUCUUGCCCACACUGGGCCACUCAGCAUCCCUCCUCUCCCGACGGGUGGAGGCAACCCGAGAGACCCCAAAAGAGAGCCCCCAAAGAGGGGGUUUCCAGCUUUACCACCCCAUCCAUGAUAUUCCAGCCCGGGAUGCAACCUGGAUACCGAGACCCAUUGGUGGAAUCCAGCCCCAGCAUCCCAGCGGCUUCCACACCAGCAACCACCCCACUCGGCUGGGGGACGUCAUUGACCACUUCCUGGUGUGAUGCCCCCCGUUAUCCCAUCUUUAGGGGUAACCCCAUCUUCAUUGGGGAUCCCCAAAUCCCUGUAAGUUCCCUUUCUCUGCACAUGGAGGAAUAAAGACUGCAAAGCAAC